AUGUCUGAUAGCUCAUUUAUGCAUUUGGUUAGGCCAAGUGUCACUGCACCUGCCGCAGGGUCGGCCAACGGGCCCGCCAAGGUCAGGAUCCAUGCCCCUGCGCUCCUCAAUAUCCUUGAGAUUGUUUCGAAACAGGUGUUGAAACAGCGUGUUAUUGGUACGUUGCUUGGAAUAAGGUCGGAUGACGGGUUGGAGAUUGAAAUCAGAGACGCAUUCAUGGUGCCCAUCACCGAGACGGGCGAUUCCAUUCUUGUUGAAGAGCAGGCCCACAAGACAUUAUACCAGUUUUACAAGAAGGCCCAUCCCAAGGAGAGCGUUUUGGGCUGGUUUGGAAGCGCUUCGCAGAUUGACGACAACACCAGCUUGAUCCACGAUUUCUACUCCAAGGGAGUUGAUCGUGCAUUCCCCCAUCCUGCCAUAUAUUUGAAUGUCGAGUGCUUUGACUCGCAGGGUAACGUUUCGGCGCCCAAGAUUUUCACAUACAUUGGCGCUGCUGUUGGUAAGCCCGCCUCUAGGAGCAAUGUGCAAAUAGGCUGGAACAAGACCGCCAGCAUAAACAACUCCUACAUUUUCAACCCUAUACCGAACGAGGUUAUCAACGGCACCAGAACCGAGAAAAUCGCCUUCAAGACGUUGCAAGAUGCAACUUUGGAAGCGGCUACAAACAGCGGCUCUCGCUCUUCCGAGUUGAUCAAUGGCGACUUGUCGUAUUUAUCCAUGAAUUUGCAAGAGACACAAGCAAACGUGGAAACUUUGCUACACUAUAUCAACUCCAACUCUCAAAACAACACCGACGCCAACAUUGAUCUAUUGAGAAACUUGAGCAAUGCCUUGUUGACUAAGCCCUUUAUGUUGAGUAACUUGGAAGAGUUGAACAAGGCGUUUGCCAGCCAUAACCAAGACGUUAUAAUGAUUGAGUUGAUGACUAAAGCUUUCAAAGACCAAAUCGAAACCAGUGCCAAGUUGACUGCUGGUGCCGACGCAGACAAGAGAUUUUAG